CAAAAUGGCGGAGGACGGAGCCGGGUCGGCGCCUUGAACACAACUGGCUAUAGAAAUAUUGUAGUCUAUUUCUAGAUAUCAACGGCUGAUUCAAAUAUAGACUGUUUUUAAAAAUGCCAGUGUGUUUUUGAAGAAAUUCCGCCGAAGUUGGACGACGAGUGAUAUCGCGUUUGCUGGUGGUACCUACCCAGUGAUGGGAGAUGGAGGACAAGGGGCCUCGUGUAGCAGACUACUUCGUGCUGGCUGGUCUGACCGACUCCUCCACGCCUCUGGAGCAGGAGAUCCACUUCCACGAUGUCUGCCACAAGACGGCCAAACCCAAGCCGCCCAUCACCGACGUCGCUGUGGUGAUGCGCUCGCUAGGGGAAGAGGUGCCUCCUGGGUACACGUGCGUGGAAUCCACGCCGUCCGGCCUGUCAGCUGACCUGAACAACGGAAGUCUCAUGGCGCCACAGAUCUUCUUGUGUUACAGACGAGGACGAGACAAACCACCACUCACUGACCUGGGUGUUCUGUAUGAGUGGAAGGAGCGGUUGAAGCAGGGUUGCCACAUCAUCCAGACCACGCCCUCCGGACGCCCUGCCAACAUAAGCUCCACCUCCUCCCAGAGGAUCUACGUGACGUAUCGCCGCGCCACGGAGAGCCAGACCUACGCCGCCCUGGCCGUCACAGACAUAUGUGUCAUCAUCCCCGGCAAGGGAGAGACGCCACCACACACCUUCUGCAAGGUGGACAAGAACCUCAACAGCAGUAUGUGGGGUUCCUCUGUCUAUCUGUGUUACAAGAAGUCUGUGGCCAAACCCAACACCAUAGCCUACAAGGCAGGUCUGUUUAGCAGGUAUCCUGAGGAGGACUAUGAGUCCUUCCCCCUGCCUGAGUCCGUGCCUCUGUUCUGUCUGCCCAUGGGGGCCACCAUCGAGGCCUGGCCGGCCCAAACCAAAUACCCCCUGCCUGUCUUCUCCACCUUCGUACUGACCGGAUCCUCUGGAGAGAAGGUGUACGGUGCAGCCAUCCAGUUCUACGAGCCCUACUCCCAGGACUGUCUGACCGACCAGCAGCGCUCUCAGCUGGGUCUGCCGGGGCUGGACCACGGGCCCUCUUCCCCAGCCUCAUCCCCAGCCACCUCCCCCUCCACCCCAGCUCCGGGCCCCAGAGCGCUACACACCAACAAGUGUAUCUGUUUGCUGUCUCACUGGCCCUUCUUUGACGCCUUCCGCAAGUUCCUCACCUUCCUCUAUCGAUACUGCAUCUCUGGACCUCACACCCUGCCCAUCGAGAAGCACAUCUCCCACUUCAUGCACAAGGUCCCCUUCCCCUCCUCUCAGAGGCCCAGGAUACUGGUGCAGCUCUCUCCUCACGACAGCCUGAUGUUGAGCCAGCCUGUGUCAUCCCCUCUACCACUCAGUGGUGGUCGGUUUUCCAUACUGCUGCAGAACCUCGGUCCGGAGAAUGCUAUAACGCUCCUGGUGUUUGCUGUGACAGAACAUAAGAUCCUGGUCCACUCUCUACGGCCCGCUGUUCUGACCAGUGUCACUGAGGCUCUGGUGGCUAUGAUCUUCCCAUUCCACUGGCCGUGUCCGUACAUCCCUCUGUGCCCACUGGCUCUGGCAGGGGUCCUCUCCGCCCCCUGCCCCUUCAUUGUGGGGGUCGACUCACGCUACUUUGACCUUUACGACCCCCCUCUGGACGUCAGCUGUGUCGACCUCGACACAAACACCAUCUCCCACAACGGAGAUAAGAGGGCCCUGACCUGGAAGAUCCUGCCAAAGAAAGCCUGUAAAAACCUGAUGAAUGUGCUGAACAAUCUCUACCAGCAACUGGUGGACGGUCAGCAGCGUCCUGAUGGCCUAUUGGAGCUGAGUAUGAGUGACUGUACAGAGCUGGCCUGUGGGAAGAGCCUCCACAGCCUGGAGAUGGAGAUACAGGAAGCCUUCCUCAGGUUCAUGGCGGCCAUCUUGAAAGGCUACCGCUCAUACCUGAGACCCAUCACCCAGGCCCCGUCUGAGAAGACUACUGACGCCUCCUCUCUCUUUGACCUGCAAGGGUUCCUGAAGAGCAGAGACCGGUCCCACCAGAAGUUCUACUCCCUGAUGACCAAGACUCAGAUGUUCACCAGAUUCAUAGAGGAAUGCUCCUUCGUCUCAGACGAAGACGCCAGCUUGGCCUUCUUCGAUGACUGUGUGGACAAGCUCUACAGUGCAGACAAAGGAGGCAAGGUGAGUGUGACUGUGUCCACCCUCACACUCUACCACCCUGACAUCCUACCACCCUCACACCCUGACAUCCUACCACCCUCACACUCUACCACCCUGACAUCCUACCACCCUCACACUGUACCACCCUGACACUCCACCACCCUGACAUUGUACCACCCUGACACUCUACCACCCUGACAUCCUACCACCCUCACACUCUGACAUCCUACCACCCUGACAUUGUACCACCCUGACACUCUACCACCCUGACAUCCUACCACCCUCACACUGUACCACCCUGACACUCCACCACCCUGACAUCGUACCACCCUGACACUCUACCACCCUGACAUCCUACCACCCUCACACUGUACCACCCUGACACUCCACCACCCUGACGUCGUACCACCCUGACACUCUACCACCCUGACAUCCUACCACCCUCACACUGUACCACUCUGACACUCUACCACCCUGACACUGUACCACCCUGACACUCUACCACCCUAACAUUGUACCAAUCUACCACCCUGACAUCGUACCACCCUGACAUCCUACCACCCUCACACUAUACCACCCUGACACUCUACCACCCUGACAUCAUACC